AAGGUAGACUACCAGUUUUACGAGUUAGCGUAAAUACCUUCUAUACCCACAUAAUUAUUUAAUUGUCAUAUUACGAGGUAGGUACCUAAUAGUAAUGAGGCCCUGCGGUUUAAUAGUAUUUUUAGUUGUUUAAACCAUUUCGUGAUACGGCUUUGCCUACUUUACCAUCAAACAACCAUUAUCAUUUUUCAGUAAUGGAUAGCGGACGUGUGGUUUUCGUUUUUGCAAUAUUUAUACAAUGCUUGAGUUUUACACAGUCGUUUUAUGGUUGGACAAGUGAAAUUACACUAGCACAAGGAAAAUUAAGGGGUAAAGUCGAUUGGAGCAAUGGAUAUAAAGCUUAUUUGGGGAUACCUUAUGCAUCAGUUACAAAGAGGUUCCAGGAAGCUGGCUCUGCACCAGCAUGGAAUGGAACCAUGUUUGCAUUCAAUGGAUCUAUCAAAUGCAGUCAAUACUUUGAAGCAUUAAAAACUCCGAUAGGACAAGAAGAUUGUCUUGUUGCUAACAUCUUUACGCCAAUGAAAGAAUUUAGUUAUUUAUUGCCGGUAAUGGUGUUCAUUCAUGGUGGUGGACACGACUUCGGAAGUAAUACUGAUCUUAUUUUCAACCCAAAGUACUUUGUACAAAAGGAUGUAAUUGUAGUCACCAUUAAUUAUCGGUUAGGUGCUUUUGGUUUUCUUUGUUUACCUGGAACAGAGGCAACUGGUAAUAUAGGUCUGAAAGACCCGAUAGCAGCAUUACAAUGGAUUAAAAACAAUAUCCAAGCCUUCGGUGGCAAUCCAAACACAAUAACAAUAUUUGGUGAAAGUGCUGGAGCAGCAUCGGUCCACUACCUAAUAACUUCUGGAAAAUAUGAAGGGUUGUUUGAUAAAGCCAUUUUGCAAAGUGGUUCAAUAUUAAUGCCAAAUAAGUUUGACCCUAAUCCGAUCAAAGCUGCAUCGAUCGUCGCAUCUAAAAUGGGAUAUAAGACAGAAGAUCCAAAAGAACUGCUUAAAAUAUUCCAAAAUGCCUCCGCUACUGAUAUAAUCGAAGCAUCACGCGUAGAGGGGAAAAAUCAACCCUUAAAAUUAUAUAUAUUCAGGCCUUGUGAAGAAAAUCCAGAAAUUGAAAACAAAUCGCUCAUUACAGCAACCCCACGAGAAUUAAUUGAAUCAUCAAUAUUAGAUCCUAACUUGGAUAUCAUACUAGGAUAUAAUGAUAAAGAAGGAAUAAAACAGGCAGGCCAAUAUGAUUCUAAUGGACUUAAAGAUUUGAACUCUACGUUGUCUGACAUAAUACCUGAAAACCUUAUAUUCAGAGAUGAAUCGCAAAAAGAAGAGCUUACGCAAGACAUCCGCAAUUUUUACUUUCAAAAAGGCGUCGAUUACGAUUCUUUGAUCGACUUUUUUUCAGAUACUGUUAUGAUUUACCCUUCAAUUAUUACAACAAACUCUUUCCUGUCUUCUAAUAUAACUGUAUACAAUUAUUAUUUUAAAUAUGAUUCACUUAGAAAUUUAUAUAAAUUUGUUUCUGGACUGCCACUGAAACCUGGAGCAACUCACGCAGACGAAUUGUUUUACAUGUUUGAUCCCAUAAUUUUUAAUUUUGUACCAGUAUUACCACCUAUGGAAAACGAUCUUAGAAUGAUUAAUACGCUAACAACACUAUGGACUAACUUUGCUAAGACAAGGAGACCAUCAUCCUUCACGACUCCGGAGUGGAUCCAAAGUAAGAAAGACAACCUAAGGUUCCUGCAACUUGAUACAGAAUUCAAAAUGAUACCAGUACCUAACAAAGAACGAUUUCAGUUUUGGGAUCGAGUCUACAAAAAAUACUCAUGGUUUUAAAGAAAUAAGAAACGAUUUAACUAUUUACCUACCCUACGUAGUUAGAUAAGACACUGCCACAGAAGCGCCACAACACAAUAUUAUUUUUCAUUGAGGAAACAGCUGAAUAAAUAAUAUCCAUAUUA